AUGAUCCUCGGGAAGAGAGGAGAUGGUAAGAGCAGUAGCUGCAAUACCAUCUUUGGAGAGAAACUAUUCACUGUAAUAUCCUCACCCAGCUCUACAUCUGAUGCCUGUGAAGUUGAAACAAGGAUUGUCAAUGGGAAAAAACUAAAAGUCAUUGACACACCUGGAUUCUUUGACCCUGAUCUUUCCGAUGACAAACUGAAACAAGCAAUUGAAAAGAGUGUCACUCCGUUUAGAGUUGAUGUUUUUAUCAUUGUGCUUAGGGUGAGACUGUGCACGGUUCAAGAAGCCGACAUCAUUGAGAAAGUUGUGGUGAUGUUUGGAGAGGAUGUCCUUAAGUCUACAGUUGUCCUUUUUACUCAUGGUGAUCAACUUGAUGAUGAGCAGACCAUUGAGGAUUUUGUGGAAAAGAAUUCAGUCCUUAAGGACUUUGUGGAGAAGUGUGGGGGUCGCUGUCAUGUUCUUGAUAAUAAGUACUGGAAUCAGCAGAAGGAGGGGUACAGGAGUAACAGUGUUCAGGCAGAGAAACUGCUGAACACCAUAGAGAAGAUGGUUGGAGAGAAUAAAGGAGAAUGCAGCACAAUUGAUAUGUCUCAGAAUGAGGAGGAAGAACAGAACUUACUACCUGGAUCAAGACCACGCUCAACCACUUCGAGAAAUGCAGCGGAAAUUUUGAGACCAUUUACUGGCGCUAUUAGAAGGAUAAUAGACUGCAUAGUGAGGUUCUUUUUAUGUAACCGUGGCUCUUAA